CCCGAGGCCCGAGGCAACAAACCCUAGGAAAACGGUUGUAUCGAGGCUAAUUAUUCUCUCUUUUCAAUAUAACAAUACUCGAGAGCAAAAGAAAAAAUAAUAUCCGUCGCGAAGAGUAGUGACAUCACCAAACAUCUUGCUACCGUGGCCGGGUUGCAGCUCCUGUUUGUCACCAUCAACACCACCACCAACCCGCUGCUCCCCCUCUUUCCAAAUCCUUGUAACAAACAAGAUUCAAAUCACCAUGAUGCAAGAUACGAUGAAUUUGUGGGCGCUUGUUGAAUGGGACAAGCCUCUUGAGAAAAUCCAGCAGCCAAAGCCCGUCGCUACCGGCACACAGGUAGUUGUCAAGGUCACGCACGUUGGUGUGUGCCACUCUGAUCUUCAUUUUGCAGAGGGCUUCUAUGAUCUUGGCAAAGGCAACAAAUUCCACGUCAAGGAUCGCGGGGUUAAGCUUCCUGUAGCUUUGGGCCACGAGAUCUUGGGCGAGGUAGCCAUGCUAGGACCAGACACUGAUGCAGCCUCUGCGCCCGCGGUGGGAUCGGCUCAAAUUGUAUACCCAUGGCUGGGCUGCGGCUCGUGCGUGCGAUGCAAACACAGCUCGGAUAACUUAUGCGCCGCGCAAAAAGGAUUGGGUACACUGCAAAACGGCGGGUUUGCUGAGUAUGUGGUGGUGCCACACCCCAGAUAUCUCGUGGCCCUGGGUAACCUCGACCCGGCCGUGGCCUGCGCAUACGGAUGCUCCGGAAUAACGUCGUUAAGUGCCGUCAGUAAGGUCCUUCCGCUUCCACCGGACGAGCCCAUUUUGCUCGUUGGUGCAGGCGGCCUGGGUCUCACGGCUGUCUCGAUGCUCAAAGCAUUGGGCCAUGACAACAUCGUAGUCGCGGAUAUUAGCGACGAGAAACUUGCUUCGGCAACUGCGCUAGGAGCAGCCAAAGUAGUGAACACAGCGCUAAAUGGUGGCUCCGGCGCUGCGGCAGCAGUUCAAGCCGCCAUGGGUGUGCCUAUUAUUGCAGCCGUUGACUUUGUCAAUAACUCAGCUACAGCGAGCAUGAUUAACACAAUUGUAGCCAAGGGCGCCAAAUGGGUACAGGUAGGAGCGAUGGGAGGGAGCCUUGAGUUAUCAUUGGUAGCCAAUGUCUUCAAGGGCCUGACGAUAUACUCCAACAUCACGGGAACCCUAGAGGAGCUUGAGCAGGUGGUAAAGUUGGCGAACGAUGGGAAACUUAACCCCAUCCCGGUCGUGAAGAUGCCUUGGGAUCAGGUAAAUGAGGCCAUGGAUCUGUUGAAAUCCGGCAGAGCACAGGGCAGGAUUAUCCUUGUAAAAUAACG